AUAUAGGCUUAAGGAGAAAAUUCGCCUGGUACUCUGUAUUCGAGCUCCCGAGGAGGAUACCUUGUGUCUUAAACCAAAAUAAAGAAAAAGCUGAGAAUAUUGUGGUAAAAUAAAAUAAUAAAUAUGUUGAAUGUAAGUGCUUGUCUCAAAAUUUCUCUCAUUUUACUUUAUCGUAAAUCAUAAAUUUGCCUGAGACACCGCCGGACUCUAAAAUCCCUUUAACAUUCGCCAUCUCCUAAUGAUUCAUGCAGUGAAUUAGGGUUCGCUAGAAUUAUUAAGCCGAACUUGUGGCGGGUAUGCAGCGCUAUUCGCAUUGGUUCGGAAUUCUGACUUUCCAGUGAAAGGUCUCACACACAGGGUUCAGCUAAACAAAUGGUAAAUGGUACUUGUUCUAGUCACAACGCUAAGGAUGAGGAAAAUAAUAACAGGAGGGUGACGCGAAACAGCGAGAAGGGAAAAAUCAAAUCACAUCGUAAUGUAUCAGAUACAACUGGUGUCAGAAGGUCUCCUAGAGAGACAUCAUCGAAGAAGAACAUUCCUAGCCCUUCUUCAAGUACCCGUAAGUCUGGGCGACUUGAAAAUAGACCCCCACCAGCUCCUGUCAACAAAAGGAAAUCUGAAAGGGUUGAAAAAAAAAAGCCAAGUCCUUUGAGAAGAUCUGGAAGAACUAGGAGUCAGUCUUCUACCGGUUAUUCUGAUUCUAAAAGCUCAGGGUCAGUGAGUUCAGACCCUAAGCCAAAAAAAGAGAAGAGUGUGAAACAGUUGAUAUUUGAAGCUAAGGAAGUGAAUGGAACUGAGCAGCAUGAUCUGGGAACACCUCAGGUUAAAGUAAAGAGAAUGAAUGCUCGUAUGUAUCGGUCUCUCUUUCAAUUACCAAAGGAAGAGCCUAAUAGGAUCGAUAACUUAAAUCAAGGUGGCAACAAUGGUGGAGGCAAGAUUGAUGAGUGCUCUGGAGAGUGUCAUGAUUUUGAAGAAAUCUCCAAGAAUGGUGCGCUACCAUCUGAAGAUGGAAAAUCAAAAGAGAUGAGAGUUGACACUGGGUUGAGUGGGUCUGUGAAAGAUCUGGUAGAAAAUAACAUGACUCUAGGUUCAUUGGCACCAUCUAAUGUUGCACUACCAUCCGAAGAUGGCAAAUCAAAAGAGAUGAGAGUCGACACUGGGUUGAGUGGGCCUGUGAAAGAUCUGGUAGAAGAUACCAUGACUCUAGAUUCAUUGGCACCAUCUAAUGCUGCAACUUAUGAGACUGGUCUGGCACCUGAAAGCAUUCACCCUGAUUACUGCAGAGAGGAAACGUUACAGGUGUUAGUGUCAAGCAAUUCCAUAUUGGAUGAAGAUUCUAUCAGGAACAGUGUUGGGGAUGAUAGAGGUGAAAACUUGAUACCUUCUAAGAGCAAGGAAAUCACAGUGGAUGUGGAUUCCGAUGUUUCUGCCAUGUUGGCGAAGGGUGACAACUGCAACUUGACCCCUGAUGCUAGUAGCCUGUCAAGGCUAGGUGGCUAUAUUAUGGGGACUGACUGUCCAUCUAAUGCCACACUUUAUGAGACUGGUUUGCUACCUGAAAGGGUUCAGCCUGAUUGUUGCAGAGAAGAAACAUUACCGUCAAGCAAUUCCAAGAAUGGUGUGCUACCAUCUGAAGAUGGCAAAUCAAAAGAGACGAGAGUUGACUCUGGGUUGAGUGUGCCUGUGAAAGAUCUAGUAGAAAAUACCGUCACUCUCGGUUCAUUGGCACCAUCUACUGCUGCAACUUAUGUGGCUAGUUUGGCACCUGAAAGCUUUCAGACUGAUUACCGCAGAGAGAAAGGGAAUUCCAUAUUGGAUGAAGAAGACUUAAUAAGUAACAGUGUAGGGCAUGAUAGUAGUGGUGAAACAUUGGUACCUUCUAAGAGAAAGGGAAUCAUGGUUGACAUGGAUUCAGAUGUUUCUGCCAUGUUGGCUAAGGGCGAUAACUGCAACUUGGUUCCUGAUAGUGGUAGCCCUUCACAACUAGGUGGCAAUAUUAUGGGGAUUGAUGGGUCAUGUUCUAAGCGAAUAAGGUCGGAUUAUAAUCCUAUAGACAGUGAGUCUUGUAUCCCUUCUGCAACUGAGCUUCAAGAUGGAGAUUAUAUUGAUGCAAGCAUGCUGCAGAAGGAUUCUCAAAUCGAUAAUGAAAAAGAACCUGGUUUAAUAAAUAAUUCCAAUAACAGUGUUACUCAACUGAAGGAGAGGUUGUCAAGCCAUAUUGGAUACAGAUGCAAGUUAGUUGAGUAUUGGGUUCCUGUACAAAUAUCUAAUCUGCAGCUUGAACAGUAUUGUUCUAUUUUACUUUCAAAUGCUUCAAUUCUUCGCUCCUCAUCAAAGGUUGAUAGUGUUGAGGCUGUUCGUGAUGUUCUUAUUUCUACCCGAAAGUGUUGUAGUCAUCCCUAUCUUGUUGGUCCGGAACUGCAACCUUCUCUUAACAAGGGUCUCAAACCAAUUGAGUAUCUUGAUUUUGAUUUAAAAGCAAGUGGCAAGUUGCAACUUCUUGAUUCAAUGCUCGAGGAGUUGAGAAAGAAUGAUUUAAGGGUGGUCAUUCUUUUUCAGUCUAUUGGAGGUUCUGGAAGGGUUAUAGGAAAUUAUUUGGAAGACCUAUUGCGACCAAAAUUUGGUUCAGAUUCGUAUGAACGGAUUGAUAAAAGUCUUCCGCCUUCCAAGAAGAAUGCCGCCAUGAAGAAAUUUAACGACAAGAACAACAAACGAUUUGUGUUUUUGUUGGAAACAUGUGCUUGCCUCCCAAGCAUCAAGUUGUCAUCAGUUGAUUCUAUAAUUAUAUUUGAUAGUGAUUGGAACCCAAUGAAUGAUAUAAGAUCCCUUCAGAAAAUAACACUUGAUUCACAGUUUGAAUUGAUAAAAAUUUUCCGUUUAUAUUCAUCUUUCACUGUUGAAGAAAAAGCCUUAAUCCUUUCUAAGCAAUGUAAGAUAUUUGACAUCAAUUCUCCAAGCUGGACUACCUGUCAUAUGCUGUUGAUGUGGGGUGCUUCUUGUCUAUUUGACAAAUUGAAAGUUUUUCAUGAUGGUGAAACUUCUGCAUCAAAUGUGAAAUCCUUGUUUGGACGACCACUUUUGAAAGAAGCAAUGCAUGAGUUCUCAUCCCUACUAUCUCAGGAUGGAGAACAUAUUGAAUCAAGCAACUUUUCAACUUUAUUGGAAGUACAGCAAAAUGGGGCAACAUACCAUGCAAAUUCUUCUUUGCUUGGUGAGCUAAAACUUAGGGUACUGGGUGAAGAGCCACCCCAAAUUUUUUGGACAAAACUUUUGGAGGGAAAACAGUUUCAGUGGAAGUACUUAAAUAGUUCAUCUCAGCGAAGUCGGAAGAAAGUUCAUCAUUUUGAUGGUUCAGUCAAUAGGCCCGAUCUUGUAAAUGAAGGAGCAGCAAAGAAGCGCAGGAAAGUUAGUAACAAUAUUGUUGAUCAGCUUUCAAAAUCUGAAGACGAAAAGUUAUCCAAUGGAAUCAAGGCAGGAACAUCUGGAGAUUUAUUGGAUGGAUCUCAAGGAAAUAAUGCUGAAUCUGAGCAAAAAAGUGGACAGCAUGAUGAGCAGAGGAGCUUACUUCUCUUGCUGAAGCCAGAGAUCAGAAAGCUUUGUGAUGUUCUUCUUCUUCCAGAUAAUGUCAAGAGAAUGAUUGAUAAUUUUCUUGAAUAUAUUAUGAGCAAUCACGAUGUCAAUAGGGAACCGUUUUCAAUAUUACAGGCUUUUCAAUUAUCUCUGUGUUGGACUGCAGCUUCUUUGCUAAAACACAAACUUGACCCCAUUGCUUCUCUUAUACAAGAUUUGAACUUUGAGUGUAAGAAAGAAGAGGUGGACUACAUUUGUUCUAUGUUGCGUUGUUUGAAGAAAAUAUUUUUAUAUCGUACAGGAAAUCAUCAUGAUACCGGUUCUCCAAAAGCAUCUGGACCAUCAAACAGAGCAUAUUCCCGCACAGGAGUUGCACAAGUGGUUGAAUUGUUCAAAAAAGAUAUGUCCAAAAGUAUCAAAGAAAUUCAGAAGAAGUGUGAAAAGAAGCUGAAGAAGCUACUUCUUUUGCAAGAGGAAGAGAAGCAAAGGUUGAGAGCAGCUAUUGAGGAAGAAAAGGCUAAAUUCGAGGAAAGGUACAAAAUAGAGUCUGCUGUUAUUCGAUCCUGCUCUCCCAAUGAUGUUACAAGAAUGGAAAAGCUCCGGGUUUUGAAUACUGAAUAUGUAAAAGGAAUUGAGGAAUUAAAAUUUCAGCAUGAUACAUGUCUCAAGGAUCUCAAGGACAAGCAAUUAGCUGAAAUACAGAAGUUUCAAGAUAAGGAGGCCGCUUGGGUAAAAGAUGUGAAAUCUUGGGCAGACAAAGAAUAUCUAAACAUAGUUGCUUCAGAGGAACUUGGAACUGGGGUUGAAUCCUUGCAGACUUGUGAUCAAGUAAAGCCUGACAAUGGUCUAAAGAAUCAUUUGGCAGGUACUGCUGCGAAGCCUCCUUCAUCCAUGGAACAAAAAUCUGAUGGAGGUGUUGUAAAUGAACUUUCAGAUAGAGAAUUAAGACUGAGUAAUUGUCCAGAUAACAAUACCCUUUUGAGUCCACGGAACCAAAAUUCUGGAGCCCCAUCAAAUAUCCCAGGUUUAGAUAGAGUUUUAUCACCAAGGGCUUGUCAAGCUGCUAGUUCAAGUGAUGGUCCGAAUACAAUUUCCUUUCCAAAUCCCCUUUUGGAGCAACAAACUACCGAUGGAGUCCCUUUGAGUAUUCCAGCAGCAGCUGAUUGUCGUGAUGAUAUCGAGCAUUUAACUAAUGCUGUGUUGGGGGAUAAAAGAAUCACAUCAGACCAGCAGAAAGGAGCACCUGAAACCAUCACAGAAUUGUCCCAGGGGACUCCAGUAUCUAGAACAGUUAAUGUCUUGGAUCCUCCAGAACAAGUGCAGCAAUUAUCUGUGGGGUCCUCUCCUGACCAUGAUACAUCUGGGGAAAUGCAUGUGCAACGAUUACCUUCCGCAGAGCUCCCUUCUCAUCUGGAUUCAACUAAUUUACCUUUGACAACCGAAAUUGAACAUCAGCCAACUGUGGUUCCUAAUCAAGAUGUGCAACCUGAUUCAAAUUUGGAACUCUAUUCACAUUCACAUGAAGUUGUUGUGCAUCCUGCCUCAAAUUCAGAUCCUAAUACAGUUACACCAAGUGAAGUAAGAGUGCAAUCUGCAGACACAAUAAAUUUGUCGAUUCCUUUAGAGAUCAAUUAUCAACAUAUGCAAGCUGAAACCCAUUCAGCUUCCAGAAUGCUGCAUUUAAGCUAUGAUCCACUCAACAAUGAAUUGGAUAGAAUACAAAAAGUAACAGAGCAAACAAUGAAAAACUAUGAAGAUAAGAAAUUGCUGCUGAAAACUGAUUUUGAAAAGGAAUUAGAGGAACUCCGCAGGAAGUACGAUAUUAAAUUUCAAGGAAUUGAAGUUGAAUUUAAACAAAGAAAGAUGGCUCUGGAGACAAAUCGGAAUGUAGUUCAUAUGAAUAAGUUCUUGGCAGAUGCUUUUAGGUCUAAAUGCUCGACUCUUAAAUCAUCUUGUACAUCAGGAAUGCUGCCAGAUUCAGAUAUUGCACAGCAGCAGUUGCUUCAGCCUUCAAGACAACAAAGUGCUAGUUGGCGUUCCCUGGUUAAUGGUUCUUCUUCCUGUGGACCUUCUGCUACCAGUCUGCAGAGUCCCUCCACAACGACUGGCUCUCAGCAUAUGGUAACACCUAUACGGCCUGGUUACAGUGCAUCAGUAUUUCCCUCCAAUGUUUCUGCAAGAUCACCAAUUAUCAACACCAUCUCUUUAUCAGUUGGAAAUCCUCAGGCUGGUGGUGGUCAGAUACGAGCACCAGCCCCACAUCUCCAGCCUUAUAGACCAUGACAUAGCUUUUUUCUUUUCUUGUUUUCUCUCCCUAGUUGGGAGAGAUUCUCACAUAAUUUUUGGCGGGAAAAUAUUGUGGUACUGAUGCUGAUGCUAGUGUUUUUUUUCCCUCAACGCUUUGUUCUAAUUAUAGAUUUAUUAAUAUGUAUAUAUGUAAUUAAUUCUCUGGCAUGCAAUGAAUCAUGAAUGGUUGGCGGUUAAGACGAAGCUUGGUGAAUUGGUGAAGUGACUGUAAUUCUAGAAACGAUUAGCAGAAUUUUAGUAUGCAACUAUGUGAAAAGGAAGCAAUUUUAAAUUGGCUGCAAAAACUUUUACUUUUAAA